GCUGGGCGGGCCCACCAGGCUCCGCCCCGCCGCGCGCCAAUCCGCGGCGCAGUGGAGGGGAGCGCGGGCCCCCGGCCUCUAUUUACUCUUUCAAUCAGUGCGAGUGUUUGCCCCUGGCCGGCGUGCACGCGCGGGUGAUGCGCUAGCCAUGAUCUCGCAGAAGCUGUCGUACGGCGACGUGCCGACGUCCGCGUCGCUGUCCUCGUUGUCGCCGGGCCUCGCGCCCCCAUACGUGAACGGUAUGGGCUGCAUGCCUGCGCAGCCUUACCCCAACCUAUACUCCAACAACAUGGUGGCCGGCAGCUCAUGCAUGGGCUCCCCAGGCGUGGGCUACAGCCCGCCCAGCACCAUGGCGUCCUGCAUGGGCGGCGGCGGAGCUGUGCCCUACGGUUCGCUGCCACGCGAGCAGGAAGCCGCCUCGCCCACCUCAGCACUGCAGCGAGCGCGCAACGACAAGACCUACCGUCGCUCGUACACACACGCCAAGCCGCCGUACUCCUACAUCUCGCUCAUCACGAUGGCCAUCCAGAACAACCCAUCGCGCAUGCUCACGCUCUCGGAGAUCUACCAGUUCAUCAUGGACCUGUUCCCGUUCUACAGACAGAACCAGCAGCGCUGGCAGAACUCCAUACGACAUUCGCUGUCGUUCAACGAUUGCUUCGUGAAAGUGCCGCGGACGCCGGACAAGCCUGGCAAGGGAUCGUUCUGGACGCUGCACCCAGACAGCGGGAACAUGUUCGAGAAUGGCUGUUUCCUACGAAGACAAAAGCGAUUUAAGGAUGAGAAGAAAGAGUCUAUAAGACAAGCACAGAAAGCUCACACUGGGCACGGGCACCACGGAGGUUCACACGAGAAGCGCGGCGACCACUCACACGAGAAAGGUGGCGUCGGAGGAGGUGCGCCGCCGGGCGGAGAGGACAAAGAGAUGCGUGACGAGCUGCUAGCACAGCUGCACGCGGCGCCCGAGCUGUGCCUGCCCGAGCACACGCCGCUGGCGCUGGAACACUACGCGCAGCUGAAGCAGGAGCCCACGGGGUACGCGCCCGCCCAGCACCCGUUCAGCAUCACGCGGCUACUGCCCGGUGCCGACACGAAGGCCGACCUGAAGAUGUACGACGUGAACUACGGGUACGGGCACUCGCCGGCCGACAACUACUACCAGUCGCCGCUGUACCACCACCACCACGCGCACGCGCAGCCGCCCUUGUGACAGUACCCGCUGGCGUAGGCGGGCCGGCGCGCGCCGUCGUGGUGCCUGCCGCAGCCGCCCGCGCCCUAGCUGGCCCGCCACGCCACUCCCUGGAUAAUCUCAUCUCCUGAUAUUGGACUCCAAGUGAGCGUUUCGUGUUCUGGUGAUAUUACCGCGCCUGCAGCGCUCCCCCCGACCUGACUAUUGUAUAUUGUGUAAAUAUUUGCGAUUAUUUUAAAUGAGUCCAUUUUGUGUGCGUUUUAUUAGUAGGUAGAUGUUUAGUGCACGGUGGACGAUGUGAGACGAGUCGGGGCGGGCGGCGGCUGCGCGAAGUUAGGCCUAAAAUGUUUCGUGGAACUUCUAAGAAAGUGUCCUUUAUAGUCAUUACAAUCGGUUGCCCCUUGUAUACCAACUCUUCGUUGAUGGGUUUUGUAUGAAAUUGAUGUAAAGCUAAGUGGGAGCUUUGCCCGCGUAAGUCAGCGUACUCUAGUUAGAUAAAAGUGUGAGCGUAUCGCGAUCAAUACGUUAUCGCUUUGUUUAUCGAUUGUUGUUUAGAUAAAUUGUUUGCGUAGCGCGUUGAUGUCUUUUAUUUAACUAAAUGAUUUCAUUGAUUCAAUUAGAUAGUGUAUAAACUAAACAAUAAAUUUGAAUAUCGGGGAAAAAUUGAAGGCUAAAUAAAUUGAAUCUAUUUCCUUAAGUUUAAUACCGUCAGGGAAAAAAAUUACAAGAAGUGUAACAAAAUAAAUUGUAGCAUAAUUUUCAAAUUGUAAAUCUCAACGCAAUGUUUCUAAAGCUGAAAUGCUUCUAAUCGAAGCCUAGUGAUGAUAACGUUUAUAAAAUAUCUGCAUCAUUGUUAAAUCAUCCAAAUAACAGAAACAUUAUGACAUUGAUAUUAAAAAUAUUGAUUUAAAAAAGGAAAUAAAAACAACGCUACGUUCAGACGCUCCACAAAAAAGUUGAAACAACAAUCAAAAAAGUAAAAAAACGGUCGCUAAGAGUUGGUAUACGAUGGAACGAGAAGUGACGUCAUAUCGUGGACGGUUCAACUGUGCAAUGUCUGUGUAACAAAUUGUGUAUAAAAUUUAAAAUAUAUAUAUAAAUAUAUUAUAUACAAGGUGGAUGAGACAAAGUGUGUUAAAAUUAAACUUUGGUUUCAAAAAGAGCUUAAAAAUAUAAAAUAAUUAAUUCCCUUCACUAUUACUGAAUUAGUGAUGAAAAUAUCGUUUAUUAAAAUAUAAAAAUCAACAAAAUUAAUGUUCCAUUAAACAACAAGAAAAAGAAGUGCUCAAAGAAACAUACAAUAGUUUAACUUAAAACCACAUUCACUAAAGAUAUUGAGACCUAUGUAUAAUCAUAAUUAAAUUUUAAAACACCCUGUCCACACCACCUUGUAUAAUUUUAGCUAGGCGAAAUGGAAUCUGAGUUUGUCAUGAACCAUCGCGUUAGGAGUGUAGAUAUAUAAGUUUUGUAUAUAUAAUAUAUAAGUUUAAUUAUAAAAGUUAAAAUAACGGUGUUUGGUGUAACAUGGGUACCUAUCUCGGCUUCUGCACAUUCCAAUUGAAUAUAUAUUUAUAUGCAAGCAUCGAUUUAGCAUAAGACAUCGAGUAUUUGGCAAGCGUUUGAGGUGAGUUCUAUAUAAUUCUAUAUAAUUUAUAUAUAAUUCUUUCAUUUAUUUAUAAAUUAUUUAGUUUACAUUUAAACUGAAAUUUCACUUCGUUUCAUUUCGAUUUAAAUGAAAUUUUUCUCAGUUUCGCGGUUACAGGGUUGAGUAGUUUUCUUUUGUUUAUUUAUUAUUAUUAUUUUGUGUUAAUAAAUUAACCAGCGUAAUAAAACAAAAGAUUCCAUUAUUAAAUUUCUUUCUGAUAACCAUUUUAUUAAACAUUACAUUUAAAUAAAAAUGAAUAGAUAUUUUUGAACGUAAAUAUUUAUAUUAUCGUAAACAAAGUUGACCCAGAAACUAAUCCUCACUAUUAACACUUUAAAAGUGACAAGGAUUCAGUCAAUAGAACUGAAGUAUUCAGAGGCUGCCAAAAUUGACAUAACCAUGUUUGCCUUGACCAUACCGAUUUAGAUGAACUACCUUGGAAAUAACCUUUGCUUACAUGUGGAGGUCUUGCGCACUAUGUGAAGUUUAUUGAUAUUGGUACUUUGGUACCUACAAUCUAAAUAGCCUUACUAUUUAUUCAAUGUCUUGUGUAUUUACUGUACUUGGAAUUUAUUUCAUUUAAAAUGAGCAAUUAGGGUUUCAUUUCGUUUUAAAUGUAAUUUGUAAAUUCUGUGAAAUGUAACUCGUUGUAAAUAUGGUUGGAUUUUUUAAUCCAGUGUGAAAAUUUAUGAAAUUAUUGCAUUUUUAUAUAAUCUGAAGUACCUAUUUUAUAGUCUCUUAUCGAUGCAACAAUGAGAAAGGGAAAAUACUCUUUUCUCUGUAAAACAAUAAAACCCAUACAAAUAUCAGGUUUAUAAUUAUAUAAAUGAAAUAAAUAAUAAUUUAACAAACACUAAAAGGAAUGGCACAGAAGUUAUAAACAUUUAUAUUCUUAACUUAUAUUUAUUUUUAACAAACAUAACCUAUUUUUGUAUAAAAAUAAAUUAAUCAACAUUUUUAUUCGAAUUAUAUUUUAUAUUAAUUAAUUUUGAUUGCUUAUUUGCUCAAUUUAAGUUCUUAGUUAGGUUUAUAAAUACAUUUAAAUGUAAAUUUCGGAACCUCACACGCUUACCAAAAGCUAUGGUUUUUUAGCACAAUUUUGAUAGAUGUGCUAAAUUAAUUCUUGUAGGUAUAAAUACAUAUUUAUGUCGUACUACUCGAAUAUAGAUAGGAUACUUAUAUAUCAUCUGUUAGUUUCAGAAUUAAUAAAAUUAAGUAUUUACAAAUCUUA